AUGCACGGUCAAAUCAUUUAUGAAAACAGCCAUUUUUAUGAAAACUGUCAGUAUAAUCCAAUCCAGUAUACACCACUAACACCUGAUCCAGUGCCGUAUCCAGUAUUUCACCUAGAACCAAGAUCAAAACAAAACCAUUACUGUAUGGGUAAAAAGCAUCGUGCUCAGAUUACAAUCCUGCCAUCAUCGAAGGGAACUUUUAAAGCUGUUGUCAAACGUAAGCGCAAACGCACCGUCUUCACAACAGAACAAUUGGAAGCUUUAGAGCAAAUCUUCCAAUCGAAACAAUACAUCACUCGUGAAGAAAGACAAGUCAUCGUCAACAAUUUACAGCUCAAUGACAAAGCUGUCAAAAUCUGGUUCCAGAAUCGACGACUAAAAACCAAAAGGAUGCAAGAUCAAGAUUUAGAAGAACAAGACAAUUAUAGUAAAACAGAAUAUAUGAAUGAAGAAAGAAGUUCUCCAGAAAUCGCUCGCCUUGACUCAGUAGAAUCUGAAAUUCGACAAAAGACUGAUGAAUUUGGUUUUGUUACACUUGAUGAUGGAGUAAUGGGAGACCUAGCUACUGUCAUUGAUGAUUUUUUAACCAAGAGCAAUGUAGAUGUUCCUAUUGAGGAAAUUACAACUGACAGUAGUCCUGUUUAUGAACCUAUUUCACCAGCAAGCAACACUGAUAAUAGCGAAGAUAGUUCCGUGUGUUGGAGGCCUUCAGAACCAAACGAAUCGUUGCAAAGACUUUUUGAUUUACAAACUAUGUUGUUGUAA